AUGCUGCGAGUAUGGAAGAGGCAAAGGCACAUGACGUCUACGGAUAAACAGUCCUCCCGCCUCCACCUGCCUCGGCGUCCAAUCCUCUCCCUGAUCCCUUGUCUGCCCACAAGGGUUCUGAAGCCUGUACAGCCCAUCAUGGCUACUGCUGAAGUUCCUGCAAGGGUGCAUGACCGAAAUGCACGUCGUCGCCCAUUCUCCAGCUGGAUGAAGCGCCUGGCGAAUCUCAAAAGUUCCUCCGAUUCGACAUCAAACCGCUGGUCUAACAAGCGUCACUUGAACAAUAAAGGCAAGAAGAGCGACCAAGCCAACAAUCCAUACCCUCUCUCCGGAACGAUCAAUCGUCACACAGGCAACCAAACACCUACCGACUCGUACACGGAUCAGAAUUAUGGCUCGGAAUGUCGCUCACAGAGCGGAUCUUCUAUGGUCCUAUCAAACUAUGAUAACCCGGCUCCUAUUACCAGUGCGAAAUCGAAUGCGCCAACUAUUUCGACCAACGGUGACACCACUUUCUCCGAAGCCGCCUAUUCUAAGGCGGGCACCUUGGCAACUGGCACUGAAGGCCAGGGAGGGGGAGAAGGCAGCACCUUUUCAUCGCCGGCGCCGUCAGUUCGAUCGUUGACAACUACAUUAACCACUGUGCAUUCGGCGGCACCCUCGACUCAGUUGUACCACACUCACAACAGUCACCAUGGACACCACAAUGGCAGCUCGACGAAUGGGUCUACGAACCAGCAAAUUCAAUUCUCCCACCAGUUCCCCUCGACUUCAUCGCCCGCUACUGCAGUACCUUCGCACCUGGUACCCCACCAUUCAAUGACUUACAGCACCGCAACCGCAAACAAUGUCUUGACUGAUAAUGCUUCUCUCCUCACACUCGCAAGUUCCUCCAAGAGACGCCGCCGCAACUCUCUCGAUACCAAUGCGUCUGUUCGUGGUUUGGCUCCAUCCUCAGUAUUUGGUGGUAGUCGCGAAAGCCUUCCACUGAGUGUUUUGAGCGCAAACACAAAUGAAGCAUCCAACACAUCUGUCUUCAAUGCUUCCGGUGUUCUGAGUCGACCAAGCAUCGUGGGGCUUGCUAGCGCAGAGCGCAUUAGUGUUUAUUCGGCCUCUGGCGCUACCCCACUUGCCACCAGCGCUGAGCGCACUGGCUUCUACACUGCCAAGCAGCCAGCCAGCGGUGAUGGAGCCAGUAUUCGCAGCGGUGUACAAUCGCACAGUCGAAAUGACAGUACUGCUGCCAGCAUAAUGGGUGGCGUUAGCUCCCCACUGGCUCUCACUGGUCGCAUGAGCCGCAGAAGCUCCGGCUGGGGAGAAAUCACCGGUGAAGAGGACAACAACGAGGAUAAGCCGGCCGAGAUGAAGGAGGAAGAUGAGCCAUCGACCGAAGACGAAAAUGGCCUCAAUGAAACCCGGAAUAAAUGA